GGGUACAGCAGCAUCAUGUCUGGCAGAGGCAAGGGCGGGAAGGGGCUCGGCAAGGGCGGCGCCAAGCGCCACCGCAAGGUGCUGCGCGACAACAUCCAGGGCAUCACCAAGCCGGCCAUCCGCCGCCUGGCUCGGCGCGGCGGCGUCAAGCGCAUCUCGGGGCUCAUCUACGAGGAGACGCGCGGCGUGCUCAAGGUCUUCCUGGAGAACGUGAUCCGCGACGCCGUCACCUACACGGAGCACGCCAAGAGGAAGACGGUCACGGCCAUGGACGUAGUCUAUGCCCUCAAGCGCCAGGGACGCACCCUCUACGGCUUCGGCGGCUAAAACCUUAUGUUCCCGCAUAGUCUUCAGAACCCAAAGGCUCUUUUAAGAGCCACCCACUUGUGCUUUUGAAAGAGCUGCAUCGCUUUAAAGCUGGUAAAUAACCUUACACCAUUUCCAUUAAUUGCUGUCUUUUUUUUAGUAAAUUACUGUACAAACAAGUUUAAGAGAUGGUUUAAUAUUCAAUAACUUAACCUGCUCGUGUCGCCCUAACAAACUGGUUAGGUAGGUUAGGGAACAAAUAAAGCUGGUGAUUUCAGUUGUGUCAGUAUUGCAGGAACUGAGGGGGUUAAGGAACUUCAGAAAACUCGAGCUCAUGGUGAAACUGAGCUUUGGCUCCCACUUCAAGCCAGGGAGCUGGCCUGGCUCAAAGGCAAGCUGCCCAUGGCCCUGCCAGAGUCUCAUGUUUUUUGGUUUUUUUUUUUGGUUGAGCAAACAGCAGAAGUAGAUACGUGUUUAUAUUUACAGUAUGUUUGCUGGUAUGCUCAAUAAAUGAAAAUUAUAGACUGUCUGUCCCCUAAGGCCCUUCUUUUCAAAGCUGUAUAAAGCUUUAAAAAACACAAAUUAAGCCUGUCCUGACAGUAUUUUUUUAAGGGGAGGGGAGUCCAUUAUUCUAUGUGCUUCCUGUGUGUCUAAGCUCCUGUAGAUGGUCUGAUUCAAAUCUGGGCUGCUGAAGCUGGAGCUGUUCACCAGGAGGGAACCGGGGUCGCCUUUUACCCACAGCCCUUCUCGUGGAAUGUGAAGUUUGUAUUUCAAGCAUCCACAAUGUGGUACUAGUUCACUUGCUGAGAGAAGUGUUUGGUAAGACUUGAAUUAAGGCAUUUUCACUUGCAAUUCAUCUCGAUCUAAAAGUAUUUAUUGUAUCAGCUACAGUGUAUAUUUCUACCGUUUCCAGAUUAAUCUGUUAAAAAACAACUAGCAACAGAAACACCACCAAAAAAGCAACAGAAACACCACCAAAAAACAAUCAUCCCCUCCCCAACUAAACAUCUCCCUCCCCCUCAAAAACAGAUCAAAAAAACACCCCUCAUCCCAAAUGGUUUUUAGGAAAACAUGUACAAUGUUUACUUUUU